AAUGUUCUCGACGAAUAUCGUGGACUUGAAAAUGCUUAUAUGCAACAGCAAACCGAAAGAAUAGCCCGACAAUAUAAAGUUAUAAAGCCAAAUGCUACCCAACAGGAAAUUGAUGAAUAUGUAUCAAACCCAAAUUCUCAACCAGUGUUUCAACAAGCUCUUUUACGUACUGGAGAGGCACGUGAUGUAUUAGGUCAGGUACAAAGGCGACAUGAGGAUAUAAAGAAUAUUGAACAAACAAUUGCAGAACUUGCAGCGCUUUUCCAAGAACUGGAUCUCCAAAUUGAUGCACAAGAUCCACUGAUCGUGCAAAUCGAGGGUAAUGUCGAUGAUACUAACGUCAAGAUAGAGAAGGCACAAGGUGAAUUGACUCAGGCAAAGAUGAGUGCGAUUGCCGCCCGGAAGAAGAAAUGGAUUUGUGCUU